GUUCACUCAUCAAAGUGGAAGCACGCUUGAUUCAACACUUACAGUCUGCAAAGUACUACUGGAGCAUACUGUCAACCUUUCGAAUUUUUUUCCUUCUCCAACCUGAAAUCAUGAAGCUCUUAUCGCCCGCCACCGCUUUGCUCUUCCUGGCCCCGCUGGCUGUCACUGCUACGCCUGCUUCGUUCUUUGGAUACACCCAGGACGUUAUUGCGGAGGGAGCACCCGUCCGGGGUGAUAACCCAUUGGAGUACUGUUCAGAACCCUCUGGCGACAUUUUAGAAAUCAAUUCGGUGGACUUGGCACCGAACCCUCCCAAGGCUGGUACAACUCUCAAGAUCAGGGCGGCAGGCAAUCUGCAUGAGCGAAUUGAAGCGGGCGCCUAUGUCGUCCUGGAAGUCAAAUACGGAUUGAUCACCCUCCUUAGGGAUACGGCCGACCUGUGUGCGCAGCUCACAAAUGUUGACUUGCAAUGCCCUCUCGAAGAGGGGCCAAUGGUUUUGACCAAGGAGGUCGACUUGCCGUCACAAAUUCCUCGGGGUCGUUACACUGUCCAUGCCGAUGUUUACACCAAAGACAACAAGCGAAUCACUUGCUUGGAUGCUAAAAAUAUCCAGUUCUAAGGGAUCUGAUCUCUUCUCUAUUACGCUCACGACUACUCGUCUCAGUAAUGCCUACACGAUAAGCAAUUUGCUUUCAACUCCAUGAUUUGCUCACGUUCUCUCAGCAUCUUACCCCUCUUUUCGUUCUUCAAGCCAUAUUCUCUUCGUUCUUCGGCUGCUACAGGUCUCUGGUCACAUCCAUUACACGGUGCCUGCCAUAUGUAUGAGGGCUAUAUUGUUCGCGGCGUUUGGGACAUGCUUUAUUUGUUUCUACAUGGCCUUUGCUAGCAUAGUACGCAACAGCAUCUUUACAGUUAUGGUACCUCAGCAUUUCGAUGAGUUUUUAUUCCCGUUUUUCACUUGGAACUACGCUUAAGACUCUCCUUGCGAUCCAGCUUAGCUCCCUUAAUACAGCCUUCCGAUUGCUU